AUUUGAGAAGGAGGGAGGAAGGAGGGGAGGGAAAGGAAAAGCGCCCUCAAACGUGGGCUGUUGUGUAAUCCCUCCAAGGGCCCCUUUGCUAUUUUUGUGCCCGGGUCGGCGCGUCACGGUUGGGUAUUUUCUCUGGUGAUUGGCUCGCAUCAGUAGAAGCUUGUAAAUGUGCAAGUGAGCCUCCUGACUGAUGGGACGCUCGCCCCGCGCUCCGUUGUUUCUCACGCCAGCGGGAAAGGAGAAGGCGGGAAUGGACGGCGCGGGAUGAGGAACGCCGCAUGUGGGACCGGGGAUGGGGGAGAGCGCUCCAGUGUCAGAUGGCCCUUCCCCGCAACCAAGCCCUGCGUGUGUAAAUACUGACACAUAGGAGAUAUUUAUCCCUGAGAAUGGAUCUCAAAGCCAGUGAGGUUGGAUUCCUGGACUCUCUGGAAACCUCUACAGGAGGUCAGGAGAAAGACGCUGCACCCAAAAAAUGCACAUCAGAGGCUGCCAAGACAAGGAGAAGUCCGUCAGUGGAAAUGGAGGGCACCACCAGAGACACGCGUGGCUCCACACUCGUGUCCAACUCAGGGAAAUCAGUGAAAUCAGAGGAUUCGCACGCUCAAACAGAAGCGUCAUUGGCCAUAAAAAGCACGAGUAGACACAGAGCUGCGCUGUCCUUUGGUGGGGGCGGCUCUGCGUUGCACAGGAAGUCCCCAAGUUCACCUGAACAACAGAGUUGCUAUUCGGGGAUGGAGCAGCAGCAGUCAGACACCAGUGGUAAGGUCGAGCCAAAACCACAAAAGCCUGGCAAGUACGUGUGUGAUUACUGUGGACGGGCAUGCGCCAAACCCAGCGUGCUUAAGAAACACAUUCGCUCACACACCGGGGAACGGCCCUACCCGUGCGUCCCCUGCGGAUUCUCCUUCAAAACCAAGAGCAAUUUAUACAAACACAGGAAGUCCCACGCUCACGCUGUCAAAGCUGGAACAGCGCCGUCGUCAGAGGCCGGCUCUCACAACGUCAACGCGGACCAGGGGUCUUUCGAAGCGGAAGGAGAGUUCUCCGAUGUGGAGCAAAGCACAGACACAGAUGAGGACACCCUGAACGACCCGCUGCUACUCCUGGACUCUCCGGUGGAGGGAUCGGAUCACACCGCCGUGAAAGUACUGAGCCUUGUCUCUCAAAAAAAGUCAUCUACGACAUCCUUGUCAGCCCAGGACAGUUCAUUCCGCCCCCCUGAAGUCAGUGCGCCCCCUGCCGCCCCCGAGGGCAACCGUGCAAUUCAGUCUUGCACCAUCAAACAAAGACUCGCACUUCGGCUGUCGGAGAAACGGAGCAGUGACUCUGAGCAUAAUCUGUCCCUUCCAAGUCAGUCUAGUAAGGGCAGCACAGAUUCUGGGUACUUUUCCCGAUCGGAAAGCACCGAGCAUCAGACCGGCCCCCCAAACGCUAAUGCCAAAUCCUAUCAAGAAAUCAUGUUCGGGAAGUGUUACAGGCCAAGCCCAAAGCAGACGGCAGCUUACGUGGCCUACAGCGCAGAUUCGGGCGACUGCACAGCGAGACGUUCAGAGAAAGGAGUUUCCCGUGUUUUCACCCAGGAGAAGGACACCGUUGAGUCUAUCAAGAUAAACACAAAGUCCUUGAUGAGGGAGGAGGCCAAAGAAGAACAGUUAGACAACGACUCUGACGUGGGGCCUCUCCUCAGGAGCAACUCAAUGCCGGCAUCCACGGUGGUCAGCCUGGCGAUGCCUCAGGCACUCAGGGGCAGCCACUCCUUCGACGAGAGGGCUAGCAACGCUGGCAUGAGGAGACUCAGGCGGCAAGCCGCCUUCGAGCUCUCCCCCCACGAGGGCCACUCCGAUACCGACAGCAAGAUGAGCGAAGUUAGCGUGUCACUUGCCGGACCGGAAAUGGAAAGUCACGGCUCGGCGGCGCCGAGCGUGAGCCAGCAGAGGCACGCGAUGGAGCUGGCCACACGGAAGCGUCGGAAGGAAAAGCGAGAGGAGGAGGACUUGCCGGGUCAGUAUGAGGCGCGUUGCGAACAGUGUGAAGAAAUGUUUGAUCCCGGUAAGGAUUAUGAGCCAAAGCUGGUCGGCAUGACGAAAGGUCGUCCUUCGAGUACACAGACGGACAGCAGCGACAUGGACGUACCGGCGUGCCGUGAAACGUGUGCACGGAAGACUUUGGGAAACGUCAUCUCGGUUAUCCAGCACACAAACUCCAUCAACAGGCCUCAUGCGGAGCAGACUGACUCUUCCAAGUGUCACAAGCAGAGGCAGGAAUCCUUCUCCUGCUUUCAGCCGACGGAGGAAGCGUAUGAGAUGGACAGGUGUGACAGUCGACUGAGCCAGUCCUUUCAAAUGGGCCCCAAACUUGUGCGACAGCCCAACAUCCAAGUGCCGGAAAUCAGGGUCACUGUGGAGCCCGACAGUCCGGAGAAAACCCCCGAUGUUCCGGUGAAAGAGCCGGAGAAGCACGUGGAAGAGUUUCAGUGGCCGCAAAGAAGUGAAACUUUGGCUCAGUUCCCCCCAGAAAAACUCCCUCCAAAGAAGAAGAGGUUGCGCUUGGCUGACAUCGAGCACUCCUCAGGGGAGUCCAGUUUCGAGUCUGCCUGUACGAGCCUCUCCCGCAGUCCCAGUCAAGACAGCAACUUAUCUUACAGCUCCACCUUCUCCUUUGACAGGGAGGAGAGCUUAAAAGCAGUUUCUCCAGUCAGGCAGGACGACUUUGGCAAGCCCCUGGAGCUCUUAGCGGUGCCAGGAAGCGGCCAUUCGCUGUCUGUGCUUAAUCAACGUCAACAACAUGAAAUGAGGCGCUCCUCCUCAGAGCAGGCGCCUUGCAACUUGCGCAAGGAGUUCCCGGAGGUGCGCAGCGUAUCAUUUGACUAUGGCUGCCUUUCUCCAACAUCCAAAGUUAGAUCUGCAGAGCUCUUGUCCGGCCACGUGGCUGCAAAGGAGAAACGGAGGGGAAACUUGGUGCGGCAGGAGUCACUGAGCAUGGACGCAGAGGCCUCACAGGUCACCACGCAAGUCUUACCGCAGCGCCUUGUUGGCACCACCCCUGUGCCGCACACUUUGCCCAUCUUUUCCACUGGGAAUACGCCCCAUCCCAGCUUGUCCGUUCCAGUUAGAAUCCAGACUCAGGUGCCAAGUUACGGCAACCUGACGUACACGUCGGUUUCACGGAUCUUUGACGACCGGUACGACAGAGUUCAUCCUCUUGUAUCCUCACAGAAUCAGACUUCAUGUUCGCCGGGGAACCCCGACUGCCAUGGCAGGUCUACCCUGAGUGUCCAAGCCCUUGAUCUGUCCUCAGCUAAGCUCAAGACGGGCAUCCCUCUCUCUCUCACCUCCCGAACCAUCUCAACCACUAAUGCGUCCAGCGGUGGUGCAAACAAACGCAUGCUGUCGCCUGCCAGCAGCCUGGACCUCUUCAUGGAGGUCAAGCAGCAAAAGCGCGUGAAGGAGGAAAGAAUGUUUGGGCAAAUUGUAGAGGAGCUGAGUGCGGUGGAGCUGGGCAAAUGUCAUUUGGGUGAGGAGAAGGGCCACGCAUCAGAGAUGCGCACCGCGUGUGCGCCUCGCUUGCGGGACGACUCUCGCAGGAGCGAGUUUGUCAUGCUCGGGCAAAAGGCGACAGACCGCAGCGGCGAGGCACCCAUGGAGAGCAGCUGCCUGGACACCGGCUCGCCGCCUCCGUAUUCCGCCCUGCCCAUCUGCGAAAACACAGAAGUUGGCACGGUCAAACAGGUGCAGAUGGACACGGGGGCACAGCCGUUCUCCGCUCGAGACAUGCUGAUCUCAGAAGCUGAGCGCCCAGGACCGCUCUCUCCGUUUCCAAGCCUUCGCACGACGACAGGUGUGAGCUGGUGUUAUCUCAGCUACGCCAAACCAAGCUUCUCCCACGACAAUGCGCCUCUCUCCUCCGUGUACGCCACCUGGUGCGUGAGCGCCCGCAAUCCCAACCCUCUGGAGCUGAGCACCGGUGCCACGCUGGCUUUGCUGAGGUCCAAACAGAAGGGAGGGAAGAUCAUAUAUACCGUGGCUGCCACGUGUCAGCCUGGAAACGGGAAACUGGUCUCAUCCCUCAUCCUGUGGCGACAGACUUUUCAACAGCGGCAGAGGAAACCGGAGCCCAAAGAGGUGGACGUCAACCUCGGGAAGAAGAAAGACGCCAGCUUCCGACUGAAGGCCGCCAAGGAGGAGUGGAAGGAGAGGGAGGCUUCCGCUGCCCAAACGGCGCCGACGCGCAUCAAGAUCUUUGAAGGAGGGUACAAAUCCAACGAGGACUAUGUGUACGUCCGGGGCCGAGGCCGAGGGAAGUACAUAUGCGAGGAGUGCGGCAUCCGCUGCAAGAAGCCCAGCAUGCUGAAAAAACACAUCCGCACCCACACUGACGUGAGGCCGUACAUCUGCAAGGUCUGCAACUUUGCUUUCAAAACAAAAGGAAACCUGACCAAGCACAUGAAGUCAAAGGCUCACAUGAAGAAGUGUCUGGAAGUGGGCGUGUCGCUGAGCACGGACGAGACGGAGGUCCAGGAACACGCAGACGACAUGCCGCACCAAUCCAAGGCAGAGGUCGCGCUUCCAGCCAAGCACCAGUUCUCCGAUGCCGAAGACUCAGACGGCAUGGACGAAGACGUGGAUGAAAUGGAUGAAGACGAGGACGAGGACGAGGACUACGAGGGCGAUUCCACCCCCAAGCUGCGCUCGAGAAGCAUGAGCCCGCAGCCGUGUGGCGGCACGUCGCCGCCGGUCAUGGCCGACGCUGCCAUCCACGGCUCCUUGGUCACCCCUCUGCCGGGCGUCGACGUCCGCCACCAAGCCUCGGGCGAGCGGGGGGCCUUGGAGCAGACUGACAGGUCCGUGGAGGAAGACGCCCUGAGUGUGCUGUCCCCGGAUCAGGCCGGCUUCCUCUUUGACCCGUACCCGUCCUGUCUCCUCUCUCCUGGCUGGGAGUCUCCCAUCAGGGAGCCCUCCCCCUCACGUCUGCGGUACCCGUCACCAAGGAGGGAACUCUCCCCGCGAGGUCGCUCCUCCCCCAGAUGGGACGCCUCCCCGCUGAGGCCGGGCUCGCCGAGUCUCUCGCCCGUUCAGCACCUUUCUCCCGUAGCGAUGGAGAGACAGACGUCCCCCGGAGGCGAGCUGGCCGGGAAGCGCGAGUCAGCCGUACGAGGCAGGCAGAGGGUCGUGCUCCGAGCCGUGUCCCCGCGAAGGGGGUCCCAUCAACACCGAGGCGUCGGCGAUAAGAGCCGCCAGCACGCCAAGAUGGACAUCUUUGAAAUGGAACCGGAUCAGAGGAGCGUCUCCACCCCCGGUCUUCCCGGCUGUCCCCACCAGAACAUCCUGAGCCACCUCCCUCUCCACUCACAGCAGCAGGCCCUCAGCUUGCUCCCUGUCCUUCCUGUGGGAGGACUCCGGCCAUCCCCGUCUUCCCCCGCCUCUGAUGUAGCCCCCUCCUCAAUGUCAGGGCCCCUGAGCGUCGGGGGAUCCGCCCACGGGCCCCUGAAGACGGCAGAGGAGGACGUCGGGGUGCGGGAGGGAAGCUUCAGGGACGGCGGACAAGAAGAGAAUGUCCAAACAUGCUUGAGAGCCAUCGCCUCGUUGAAGAUCAACACCGAGGACCCUCAUUAAAGCCCCCCCCCCCCCGGCUCUGAGCCCCUCCUUUGUAACUUGGCACUCUUCUCUUUGGAACGACGAGGCAAACGGCGGGAGCGCUUUGGGAUUGCAGUUCUUGGGUGCAGGUGCAAUAUUUGUAGGAAGACAUGGCUGACAUGCGUCAUAGCGCUGCACAUGCGCUACAUCACACACGCUUCCUGCCUUUCGAGGCGUGCAUUUGGACCAUACACACGCACUCCAUUGAUGAAUAUUUGUAGGAAGACAUGCGUCACAGUGCUGCACGUGCGUCACACACGCUCCCUGCCUUCCUGUUUGGACGAGACACACGAACUCCACAGCUGAAGGUGCCACGCGGGGGUGCAGCGGCACUUGGUCAUCACUAGGGUGCGUACCAGCACACCACAUUUGAAGCUUUUUGCGCAGUUUGAGCGAUGAUGGUCUGUGCCUUUACUUUGCUUUUCAUUGAAGGAGAUUCAAGGUCAAACGAGGGAUGGAUGGACGGGGAAACAAUUUUUUGGAGAGAAAAAACAACAAUUUGUUUUUCUUAAUGUUGUGCUUUUUAUCUUGCAUGGGAUUUGCUAUUGCACAAAAAUCAACAUGUCACUGUAAGAUGUCUUUCUAGCCUAAAACUGAAGCACUUAUUGAUCUACUACUGUAUUUCUAUACUGUACGCCACGCUUACGCCAUCCUGAUCAUCAGCAUCAGCAUUCUUAUGCAGCAGUCGGCCUCGCUUUCGAUAUCAGCCUUUUGCUGUCCUAUACAGACCAUAACACGUAUUUUAGCGCUUUAGCCACGAUGCACUUUGUUCCGUUCACGUUGGCGGCGGGAAAUGAAACAACGCGUGCUGUUGCUUCUGAAACAUUCCACUGUUUGUUUUUUGGAAAUACGACGUCACGGUGUGAAAUCAACACACAUAUCGGAGGAGUCAUGGAAACGGAAUCAUUAAUUGGGCCGGGGGUGUCCAAAGUGCACCAAACUGCAUCAACUGCAAAAACCAGAAGUCAUUUUUCAAGAAUAAAGUUCAAAUAUUAAGAAGAAUAAAGUCACAAAGCUACAAAAUAAACUCGUAAUCUUAUGAGGGAAAAAAAAGUCAUUUCAGGAGCACAAAGGUCAAAUGUCAAGAGACGUUAUCCUUUUAAAGUCGUGUUAUUAAAGCUAAAUCAACUUAUCUAAUUAGGCUGGGAAAGAAAGUUCUAAUAUUACGGCAAUAAAUUGUAAAUAUUAUGGCAACAAAAUUUACAAGAAGAAAGUAGAAAUGAGUCUUUUUAAAAAGCUGUAAUUUUAUGAGAAUAAAGUCAAAAUAUCAGGAGAAAAAAGUUCUAUUUUAAAAUUUUAAAAGAAUAAACUUAUAAAAUGAUGAGGAAAAAUAACCUCAUUUUAGUAGAAUAAAGUUGAAAUAUUGAAGAAAAAAUAUGUUGUUUGUUUAAAGUGGGAAUAUGAAUAAAGUUGAAGAACGAAUAAAGUCAAAAUAUUGCAAGAAGAAAGUGGAAAUAAAAACAGCAAAAAUGGGGAAAAAGCAGCGGUAAUUUUAUUAGAAUGAAGUCAGAAUAUGAAGAGAAAAAAAUUGUAUUCUAAUGAGAAGAAAAGUUGCAAUUUUACGAGAAUAAACGUCUCAUAUGAUGAGGAAAAAUAAUCAUUUUAGUUGCACUGAGUUGAAACACGAAAGAAAAAGACGUGAUUUUUGAAAGUUGUAAUACGACGAUGCACAAAACAAAAUAAAGUUGUCGUUUUUGGAUAAUUGAGAGGAAAAAGUCGUAUUUUAAAGAGAAGAAAAGUCUCAGUUUGAGCUCGUAAAGCGAUGAGUAAAAAUAAAAGGUUCUUUUAUUACCGUACACUUGAAAUAUUAAUGAAAGAAAACAUGUUUUUUUAAGUCGUCAUAUCGUGAGAAACAACACAAAAAGAAAAUGAGGUUGCAAAGAAGAAAAGUGACAAUUUGACCAGAAUAAACUCAUAAGAUUAUGUCAUUCUAGUAGCGUAGAGUUGAAACGUGAAAUAAAAAAAUAUGUUUUUGCUUUAAAGUCAGAGAAAGAAACUAAACAAAAUACAUUUGGAAAAUUAGGCUGUGGAAGGAUGUUAGGGGAAUCAAGUGUAAAUAGGGGGUUUAAGGUCCUCAUUAGGACAAGGAAAUGUACAGGAACAAACGGGGGGGGGGCACCAGCAAAAAUGGGAAAAAGAUGAAAGAAUGAAGUUGAUGGUAAUAAUGUGUGUUUUUCUAGCAUAUUGCAUGUAGUGCUUAAUAUCUAAUAUCUCUAUAUCUAUGAAAUAUCCAAUGUUCAUUACGUGGCCCCCGUUGGAGGGAAAACCUUUGGACACCCCGGGGUCAUUAGGUCGUGUUUGAUAUUUUCAAAAAGGCAUAUUUUUCUACGCAUUUUGGCCUCUGGUUGACACGCAGACGUGGGGUUCAUGUCCUUCAACACGGAUGGGAAACGUGACGUCAUUUCCGUGACAACACAACACAUCUGAGGGAUGACACGCGUCUUCUGAUGGCUUGUGGCUGCCUGCGAGGCUUCUGAUUGGCCAAAACGCCCGUGCCGAUCAUUUUAGGACUGGUGUGUCGCUUGGCAUUGCUCCCUCCUACCAAGACGUCAGACAGAUAAUGACUUUUGAGUUAAUAAAACAAUAAUAGCGUUGUUCUUUCAUUCAAUGUAAUGUCCAUCAUGGCAAAGAAAGUGCAGUUGCAGUCAUGCACGGGCGAAUGUCCAGGGAGUGUUAAGAAGUGACUGUAUUCCAAAAUGAUAUUCAUGUCAUUAGAACUUCAUUUGCACUUUCUGGUUCAUAAAAACCAUCAUAAUAAGGGUAAUAUUGAUAUUUGGCACAUGACAAAUUCAUAGAAUUCUAUCCAAAUAAAAGUCAUGCUUGCGUGCAAUAAUGUCAUGCGUUAUUAUAUUAUUAUUAUUAUUAGGAAUAAUUCUAUGGUUUUUCUUAUGAAUUUACUCCAGAAGGUCGCACUAAUGGUAGUCAUUUCAUUUUCACUCUUUUAUUCAUUCUAGUGAGUGAUUGGUAUCACAACAAUAAUAAUAAAAAAACAAUCACAUUAAUAAUAAUGUCAAAUGUAGCAAACGAGAACUGGAUCCAAUUCAAGUCCAAAAUGGCAAACGUCCCGCUAAGCCAGUGAAAGUGGAGACGCUUCCAUGCGCUGCAAACGCUCGCUUUUUAUUAUAAAUUUGUUCCAACGUCGGACGUAAACGGACCCCAAAAUAAUGCAAAGCCCACCACAUCCGUUCCAUUUUGUAGAGAAGACUUGCUAGUUUUCCACAUGAAGGAGGAAGCAUUCAAGCUGUUGUUGAUCUUAUUGAUGGGAUUGAAUUUAAUGUUGUUUGUCGCCUUCUCGGUCAACUUGCUGCCACUCACAACUUUUUUUGUGGUUCGUUUAGCGUUGGCAUGGGCGGCGGGUGAGUUUGUUUUUGUGGUUCGUUUAGCGUUGGCACGGGCGGCGGGUGAGAGUUUGUUUGCAGCGUUGUACGCGUGCCGAGGCCAAAAGUCGUCAUACGGAAAAGUGCGGCACUGAGAAAGCAUCCGUGUCCGACGAGCCAUCGUAUCAUCACGUGACCGGGGUGCACUACCGGCUGCAACCGGCGGGGCACUAUCGAUUCAGGCUCUUUUGUUACCUACGGACAAACGGGGAAGUCACGGCCUUCUAAAAGGAAGCUAAAAAGGCUAAAAUGCGAAAAUUAAACAUUGAUGGGCGGAUGAAGGAAGGAUAUUUUGUUCAAGGUCGCUGGCGUGCGUCUCCCUUCUCCCGCGUACAUGCACGCCUGCUUUUUUUUUUUUGCAGCGCCGACAACUUUUUCUCGUGUCUUUUUUGUAUCUCUGCCGGCGACAACGACAACGACGGUUUUAUCGCUGAAGGUGGGAUCCGAGAAUCACGUUCAUGUUUACAGCCGACAUUUUUAAAAGGUGCACCGCUUUUUGGUCAGGUGACAGGGGGCCUUGUUUCUUCAUUUGCUUUUGCAUAAAGUACGCAGAUUGUGUUUGUGUUUGCUUUUCAUGAUGUAUUCAUAUAUAUCUAUAUCUAUAUCUAUCUAGUUCUAGCUCUAUAUCUGUAUACGGUACUGUAUAUCUAUGGUAUACUGUAUACUGUAUACUAGCUCUAUAUCUGUAUACGGUACUGUAUAUCUACAGUAUACUGUAUACUAGCUCUAUAUCUGUAUACGGUACUGUAUAUCUACAGUAUACUGUAUACUAGCUCUAUAUCUGUAUACAGUACUGUAUAUCUACGGUAUGCUGUAUAUACUGACGUGCAUUGUGCCUCUCAUGUCUAUGAGCUAGCCCGUUUACCUCCCAGCUGAGAUUGAUUGAGGACGCAAACAAACAAACAAACAAACAAACAAACAAACAACCUCAGCAGCCAAUCCAUGGUUGAGUCGUUGGCAUCAAAAGACUUGGCGCUUCUUCUCCGCUAGCGGGGAAGGGAUACCUUUCUAUUAUUUGGUGCUCAGAUUCCAUUUGAAAUUGCUUGAAGAGAAUAUACUUCUAACCCAGCAA